GGUUAUUGGUUGGGAAACUGUUUGCUGCGGGCUAUUGUUCUCCAGCAUCGAUCACAUUGACAGACCACAAGGUGGCACGAUAGCGCAGUAAAACAGCAACAAUAGAAAAAGGGUGGAUUUAAUUUAACCGAAUACCUCAGUUAACCAUUGGGAGGUGAAUACUGCGUCUGGGGACUUCGCCGCACUAGUACGGCAACCUGAUUGACAAACAUCACCAACGCCCAUAAACUGGCUAUAUGAAAUGAAUCAAGUCGUGGAAAGAGUCUCUUUCUCAGAUAAUUGAGAAAAGAUACACCCUGCUCAGCGCGCUCCUCGUGUAAUAGCACAGACUCGACUGCUCAAUAGGGGCUGGUGAUUUCAGACUAGAGGUGUCUCUAUUGUAUAACUCUCGUUCUGCUCCUUUUUGAUUUUUCUUUUCGCCUCGCUUUUUCACUUCGACUACCGGUAGCAUAUCUGUUCUGCGUUCUCAUUUCUUACUGUCCAUUUGCGUCCAUCCAAAAUGGCAACACGAAUCGAUAAAGAGGCUUGCAGGGAAGCGUAUAACCUCGUUAGAGACGAUAACACAGAGAUAAACUGGGCCGCGUUUAAAUAUGAGGGUCAUAUGAUUGUGCCGGCGGGCCAGGGGACUGAUUAUGAAGAAUUCAAGAGUCAGUGCACAGAUGAUGUGCGUCUCUUUGGCUUUGUGCGGAUCACGACGGGUGACGCCAUGAGCAAGCGUGCCAAGUUCACCCUCAUCACCUGGAUAGGGGAAAACGUGAGCGGCCUGCAGCGUGCCAAGAUCAGCACUGACAAGACAUUGGUGAAAGACAUUGUCCAGAACUUUGCCAAGGAGUUCAUGAUCAGUGAUCCUCGUGAGCUGGAGGAGGACUACAUUCGCACCGAGCUGAAGAAGGCGGGUGGGGCCAACUAUGACGCCCAGGGAGAGUAGAGGAGAGUCCACCAGGGCGGGGCAGGGGUGCGGCUGCUACCUUUUGGGGGAGGGAGGGGUAUUCAUGCCUGGAUGAGGGAGAGAGGGGGAUAUAUAUACACACACACACACAUGUACAAACACUUACACACAGGUACACACAUUAACACACAGCAACACACACACUCUCACAAAAAAGCAUGUUGAGACACACUCAGACAUAUAUAUGGCUAUAGUCCUAUCCUCAGCCCUCUCACCUGUACGGUCACGGAUGAUUAUCUACUGUACUGUGCAUCAUCUCACUAUCAUCUCAGCUGCAGAGCAACGUUACGAACUCUCUCAAUCUGGGGGGCUGUGUUUGUGUUACAACUGGAAAAGACACAUUACUGUACUGUUUGUCAGAACAAGGGCAAGGGCCUCUAUCUGAUUUGACUUGUCAUCAUCGUGCUUUUACUGUAUUCUUCUGUGGUUGUAGUCCAAACAUGCAUCCUUGGCAAUAGAGGUCUUUCCUGCCCAGCUUUUCUCAUCUCCCAAUCCACCCCCAAGGUAUACCCCACUGUGUUAACUGCCUUAAUCUCCCAUGGAGAGAGGGGCAUCAUGGGAGGUGUGUGUGUUUGUGGACACUACACUGUGAUUGGCUAUCCUCCACUCAUGGGGGUGAGACUAUGAUUUGCCUAUGGCCCACAUACCAAUGGGACAGGGCUGUAAAGCACUUUCAGUUAGCCCAACCCAGGAGCAGCCAUUUCUCUAGUGUAGCCUCUCUUUUUAUUUGGAUUAAACUCCAAAAAGGAAUGUUUUUUUUUUAAAGAUUACUUUUAUUUUCUAUAACCUUUGAUUUAUUAUUGAGAGCAAAUUUAUCUAGGAGAUUUGAGGAGACUUUUAAAAACUGAACUUGGGCACAUGAUCAAUCAUUUCAGAAUAAAAACAUGUUUUUUCAAGCUC